CUGCCGAGGCAACGCAGAAGAGGUACUCCGGCUAUGCUAGCAUCUAUGCUUGAGACGACAAAGUUCGGCACAAAGCUCAAGGGGCUCGUCAUUCCUGACAAGCCCAAGGCACCCGCGACGGUGGCCAAGACGCUGCCAGUGAUUGUGAGUAACUCCGUUGUGCCAUCUUCAAACAAAAUGGUCCCUGCCAUGGACGACUGCAAGAUAAGAAGGGACAGCAAACACUCUCCACCGUCGCCGAAACACACUACCUUGCUUGCCGAUCCCCCGUGGAAGACAAAGGAGGUGUCUGAGGUGCCCAAAUACUCACCUGCGUUCAAGCGCCGAUCUCUUCAGGUGUCGAAGUCGUGCGAUGUUUCUCCAGUGCGUGGCAGCUCCCAGAAUGGUUUCCAAGUUUUCUCUUUCGCACAUGCCACCUACGAUGACAAGAACGCCGAGUCGGCGAAGGUGUCGAGGCAAAGCAGCGUGAAAAGUGUUUCGUCCACCGAUUCUCGGAGUGAUCAAAAGACAAUCACGAAUGGUUACGAUGGGUUCAGUGCGAAGUACAACUCCGAGCGGAGAAGUUCCGCUGAAAUUCAACGGAAAAAUUCCCUCGGCUCCGUGGACGCUGUAAUUCAGGAGGCAAAAGCACAAACAACUAGCGUGGCGGGCAGCGCUCCUCAAGUACAGCGAUUAGCCUCGACCGAAACAAAGUGCGAUGAAAGCAGGAAGGCUUCGAGGACGUGGGAUGCCCCUUCGCUGAAGGAUGCCAAGACAAAGUACCGCUCCAUGGACGACCGUAGUUGGAACUCGCAGUUCAGGCAAAACUCUUGCGAACAGCCGGUCUACUCGGCGAGAGUCAACAGAAAACGGUGCUUCAAAAAAUCAAUCGACAGCGCAGACAGUGCCAAGAGUUUCAAAGCAUUGGCUCAAAAGUGGGAACAGAGGUCUCAGGACGCGCAAGGGGGUGCUCCACAAGCACUGAGGAAAGACAUGGUUGUUUCAAAUGGCAAGAGUCACCCGCCAGUUGCUCCCAAGCCUAACGAAUAUAAUAGGCAGAGCCAGUACAUCGUUGCCAACGGAAAGGCGUCCCCGUCCACAUCAGCUGAUUACCCUCCUCCUGUGCAACUACGCUCCCAGAGGUAUCCGCUUGCGAGGCCUGCAUCGAUGUUCGAGGAAAGGGACAAACCACGCCUGAGCACUGAUUGGCCAGAGUCACAUCCUUCGUCUUAUCUUCGAACCAAGGUGGACAGGCCCUCACCUAGCGUAGCAUACAGAAGCAGCAAGAACUGCUCGCCUUCGCUUAGCGUAAACGACAUCAAGAAGGCCUUCGAGAACGAAUCAGCAAAGGUGCCACCGAGAACGCUGGCUUCUCUACGAGCCAUAAGGUCCGAACAACAACUUCCCCUUCCCGAGCACCGACGGUUCUCAUCGAUCGACUCGAACGACUCGGGAAACAGCACGGCAUCGAGGGAACAGUACUCCUCCAUGACGUCCCUGGCCUCCACGAGCAGUCUCAUUUCGCCCCAGGAACUUCAGCAACUUAUCGACGAGGCAAACCAAUCGCUGGACGAAGCUGGCGCCUCUGGACAUGACAUUCACGUGGUCAUCCUCCACAAGGACUCGCCAACGAGCGGAGUUGGGGUCACCCUUGCGGGUGGCUCCGACUACGAAACAAAAGAAAUUACGGUCCACAAAGUGAUUGCCGGAGGCCUGGCUGACCGGGAUGGACGAAUAAGGAAAGCGGACCGAAUCCUCUCCAUUAACGGCAAGACGAUGAAGAACGUGACGCACAAGGACGCGAUCGACAUCCUCAAGUCCCCGAGGCAGGAAGUGGUGCUGGUCAUCUCGCGGGACGGCCGCAGUCCCUGAGGACGACGCCCAACAUCAGUCGAGCCUCGAGCCUCUCUUCCGUCCUCUGACGUGGUUGACGAGCCUGAGGUCUCCGCCUCUGCGUCGCCUGUGACCGAGGCCCAACGGAGCCCCACGCCUGCUAAGCACGAGCAAAUCGCCCUUGUGAAGGACGGACUUGGCUUGGGAUUCACCCUGGAAGGUGGCAAAGAUUCUCCACUCGGAGACAAGCCUCUAGUCGUCAAGAGGAUCUUCAGAGGUGGCGCUGCCGAGCGGGACGGGCGCCUCCUGGUGGGCGAUGAACUUGUCUCCAUCAACGCUCAACCCGUGUGCCUGAUGACGCGUACCGAGGCCUGGAAUUUCCUCAAGAAGCUGCCCGACGGACCGCUCACCCUGCAAGUCGUCCGCCGCGCCUGUUAAACGACGAGCGCGUGUGUUGAGCGCGCUGCCAACUUGUACAAAACGUGACUUGGUUUUUUUUUCUACGUUGCGGUGGUGUGCCUCGUCACAGCAAAAAAGAACUUACGUCGCCCACUUGUUCUGCAAGAGACGUGCUCCGACACAGCAGGCUGCCACAUUGAAAUAAAUGUGAGACAAUGAGCUCUAGCCAGCCUGGUCCACAAGAACACGCCGUGUCUUCAACGCAAGUGCUACUGGAACAGCGAAGGCACGAACUGCUCGCGCCUCUGUAUACGAGACCGAACAAUGUUUCGGUUUGUUGUUAA